UCCUUGGGACAGGGGCAAGAGCCACAUCACCUACUGUAGCUCCUGGCUGUCUGCACAGCCCAGCUGCUUUAGAGAGGCUCUGUCAAAAUUUCUGGAGGAAAGCCGCCUAGAGGUGCUCUGCCAGCACAAAGCUGCCAGUGUGGCAUUGCUGCAGCACACUCACAGGCUUUGUGUCUCAACACCGUGCCAUGGCGACAUUGCUCUCAGACUUUGCUGUCAGAGGUUUUGUUUUCUCAUGAGUGGCUGACCUUUGCACUGUGGUGUUUCUCAGUGAGCAGCUGCCCCAGAGCCCUGCAGGGCAAGCAGCGGGUGAUGCGCAGUGAGCUCGGAGGAUGGGCAUGGCGGGUCAUCGCGGGACAACGCGGCUUCUUCCCGUUGUCCUCCUUUUCCUUCAGAUGAGGCAGACAGAUGGGAACCAGUGCAGUUCAAAUCCUUGUCACUAUGGUGGCCACUGUAAAGAUGGAAUUGGUUCCUACACUUGCACGUGCUUGGAUGGUUAUCAAGGCAGGAACUGUGAAUUUGUCAUACCAAAGUUCUGCAGGAUAAACAACGGGGACUGUGAGCAGUUCUGCAGCGUCCGCAGAGAUGGGCGGAAGGAUGUGUUGUGUUCCUGUGCAGAUGGGUACCUUCUGGCAGAGGAUGGCAGACACUGUGUUGCAACAGUAAAAUACCCUUGUGGCAAAAUUGCUGUGGUAAGGAAAAAAAGGUCUGUUCUUUCACCCACUGACCAUAGCAGUGGAAUGAGUGAUCAAGAAGACCCUGCUGCAAACGAAACGAGCACAGAGGAGGACUUUGCAAUUACCACAGAAAGCCCAACGCCUCCACCUGACAACAGAACCAGCAGCAAGACUCCGUAUGUCGAUACCAGGAUAGUUGGUGGGGAUGAGUGUCUUCCUGGCCAGUGCCCAUGGCAGGCUGUUCUCUUAAAUGAGGAAGGAGAAGAGUUUUGUGGUGGAACUAUUCUGAAUGAAAAUUUUGUACUUACUGCAGCUCAUUGCAUAAACCAAUCCAAAGAAAUCAAAGUUGUUGUUGGUGAAGUGGACAGAGAGAAGAAAGAGCAGUCUGAAUCAAUGCACACUGUGGACAAAAUAUUUGUUCAUUCCAAAUUUGAUGCUGAGACAUAUGAUAAUGACAUUGCUUUAUUAAAGCUGAAGGAACCUAUCAGGUUUUCAGAGUAUGUCAUCGCAGCAUGUCUCCCCAAAGCGGACUUUGCUAAUGAAGUUCUGAUGAACCAGAAAUCUGGGAGGGUUAGUGGCUUUGGGCGGGAAUUUGAAGGUGGGCGAACAUCGAAAAAACUAAAGGUGCUCGAGGUCCCCUAUGUUAAUAGGAACACUUGCAAACAAUCCACUAACUUAGCCAUUACUGAGAACAUGUUCUGUGCUGGUUAUGACACAGAGGAAAAAGAUGCUUGCCAAGGAGACAGUGGUGGCCCCCAUGUGACCAGAUAUAAGGAUACUUAUUUUGUUACUGGAAUAGUUAGCUGGGGCGAAGGAUGUGCAAGGAAAGGCAAAUAUGGUGUCUAUACCAAACUGUCCCGGUUCUUGCGCUGGGUAACAACAAUCAUGAAUUUGUAGUGGUGUGCUGUGUCCCUUGAUCCUCCUUGUUAGCUGCCAAGGUGCAGGAUUGGAAAUGGAAACUUUCUUUUCCUGCAUAUCUGCUAAGCUGGUUUUGAGAUCUGAUUCCUUAAAGUUACAAUUGCUUCCAUUCAUAUUAUUCCUGGCUUUAAAGCACCCCUCUGUGGACUGUGAAGGUCUUUGGAAUUGGUUGAAUGAGGGAAUUUCCCCAAGCAAAAAGGCUGCUGAGUGGGGGCUUUGGCUUCUUUUAUUGAUCAAUGGCCAUUUUGGUUCCUAUGUGUUGUCACAAGCGCUCCAAGCAGAGGCUCCUAAACAUGUUCUGAGCAGUCACUAGUCAUGAUGAAAGCAGGAAGGAUGGGAGUCACUUAAUCCUCAUAUUGCAGCCAUCUGGCUCAGCAGGGAGU